UUCAGCCUCAUUUUCUCUCUGUCAUUCCUUCUCAGUCUUUGAUCAAUGUGCUGCCAGAGAGAGCCCGAGUACUGCGAGCCUCCUCCUCCUCCUCCUCUUCACUUCCAUCUCCCAACUUUGUACUAGAUCUGGAGAAAACACACACACAUACAUACACCAAGCCCCAUCGGAGGGACAAACAAACAACACCGCUACAGCUGCCUGGUGGACUUUCAUUUUUUGUUUGUGUGGACAAAGGGGGGGGGGUUCACCGCUCCCCCUUGUUAAAUAUUUAACUGAUUACAUAACAGCUUUCGCUCAGAACUUUUUAUGAUUUUUUUAUGUCAUUGUUCUUUGAGCCUCCAGUAACUUUUUUUCUCCCCAAGUAUUGCAGCAUUAAGAAGUAUUGCUCUGGGAGGUACUCGCAUGUAACCAUGGCUGUGCCGGCAGCUUUGAUCCCACCGACUCAGCUGGUGACACCUCAGGCAGCGAUCUCUACGUCUGCAUCCUCCUCAUCCUCUUCCAACAACUCGUCCUCCUCCUCCCCUUCUCCUUCUGUCGCUCCUUCGUCGUCUGGGCCAAGUCUCUACCGAGCGGAGCCAAUUGCUGCCACCACGGUGACAUCCAGCAUCAGCACCUCCACCAGUAUCACCAACAGCCCAGGGACAGGAGGUGGCAACGGGGUCAGCAACAACUGCAGCAAUAACCAGACUCUGGUCACCAACAGCACUAACAACAACAUCAGCAGCCACCAUCACAACCCUCUACCCAGCACCCCGACCACCUCCACCAACACUACCUCCACCUCAACAAGCAGCAGCAGCAGUGCCCUCAGCACCAACCUACCAGGGAAACCUGUCUACUCCACCCCAUCUCCCGUGGAGAACAUCCCUCAGAACAAUGAGUGCAGGAUGGUGGACCUGAGGGGUGCUAAGGUGGCCUCAUUCACAGUUGAAGGUUGCGAGCUUAUCUGCCUGCCCCAAGCUUUUGACCUUUUCUUGAAGCAUUUGGUUGGGGGGCUGCACACAGUCUACACUAAACUUAAGAGGUUGGAGAUCACCCCAGUGGUGUGUAAUGUGGAACAGGUCCGGAUCUUGAGGGGUUUGGGUGCUAUCCAGCCCGGGGUCAACCGAUGCAAACUUAUCUCCAGGAAGGAUUUUGAAACCUUGUACAACGACUGCACCAACGCCAGCUCCAGACCGGGCAGGCCCCCUAAAAGAACGCAGAGCGUGACUUCUCCAGAUAAUCCACAUAUCAUGCCACACACUGUGCCGGGCCUAAUGUCUCCUGGGAUGAUACCACCAACAGGUUUGACAGCUGCAGCUGCAGCGGCAGCAGCUGCCACUAAUGCAGCAAUCGCUGAAGCAAUGAAGGUGAAGAAAAUCAAGUUAGAAGCUAUGUCCAACUACCAUGGCAGCAAUAACCAGCAUGGAGGAGAUUCAGACAAUGGAGAUCUUAAUUCAAGUGUCGGGAGCAGUGAAGGUUCUUGGGAUAAAGAAAAACUUCAGUCCCUCCCUACCCAAGGAUCUCAAACCUCUGUUAAUCAUCCCAAUUUGCCUGGGCAGCAUAACCUUCCAGUUACUCAUCCUCUCAACUCUCUUCAACAGAAUCACCUUCUACCAAAUGGUCUGGAACUCCCAUUUAUGAUGAUGCCCCAUCCAUUAAUCCCUGUAAGCCUACCUCCAGCUUCUGUUACAAUGGCAAUGAGCCAGAUGAACCAUCUCAACACCAUUGCCAAUAUGGCUGCAGCAGCACAAGUACAAAGUCCACCAUCAAGAGUGGAAACAUCUGUAAUCAAGGAGCGAGUUCCAGACAGUCCAUCACCUGCACCAUCUCUUGAAGAUGGCCGAAGACCAGGCAGUCAUCCUUCAUCACACAGAAGCAGCAGUGUGUCUAGUUCUCCAGCUAGGACUGAAAGUUCUUCGGACAGAAUUCCUGUCCAUCAAAAUGGCCUCUCAAUGAACCAGAUGCUGAUGGGCUUGUCACCUAACAUCAUUCCUGGGCCAAAAGAAGGUGAUCUUGCUGGGCAUGACGUUGGACAUGAGGCUAAGAGAAUACAUAUGGAAAAAGAUGAGACCCCGCUCUCCACACCAACUGCUAGAGACAGCUAUGAAAAACUCUCCCUUUCUGGACAUGGACAACCCCUGCCUCCUGGCUUUCCAUCACCUUUCCUAUUUCCUGAUGGUCUGUCUUCCAUAGAGACGCUUCUCACCAACAUUCAGGGUUUAUUAAAGGUUGCCAUCGAUAAUGCAAGAGCUCAAGAGAAACAGGUGCAAAUGGAGAAGACUGAGCUAAAGAUGGAACUGUUCAGGGAACGAGAACUGAGGGAAACCCUAGAAAAACAAUUUGCAGUAGAACAAAAGAACAGAGCAAUAAUUCAGAAACGACUUAAGAAAGAGAAGAAAGCUAAGAGGAAAUUACAGGAAGCCCUAGAAUUUGAAACCAAGAGAAGAGAGCAAGCUGAACAAGCACUGAAGCAAGCGGCAUCCUCAGAAGGCAUCAGAGUCCUGAAUGAAUCUUUGACCCCAGAGAUGGAAUCAGAACGCAACGGGGGCAGAACAGAUGCUGAAAGGACAAUACAAGAUGGAAGACUUUAUUUAAAAACUAGUGUUAUGUAUUGAAGAUAAACAGAAGACACGGAUUCAUUGGGAAAAAAUGGAGGUUUUAUAAGAUACAUUAUUUUGAGCACCAGUGUUCUUUAAGUAUAUCGCAUUGUUAACCUGGUCAAUCUUCAACUAUUAUGAAAGAGACUUUGAGACGUUUUCCAACUCAGUUAGUAGCAAAUCUUGUAUAUUAUUUGAGAUGCUACUGAAAACUUGUAUAAACACUCCUUGACAAACAAGGGCCACAGUACUUUUUUUAAAGAAAGACUUUCUCGUCAAAAUCUCUCAGUCUGAGCACAUCCAAACCUCCCAGCUGUGGUCACUUCAGCAUUUGAACUGUUUUAUUACACCUAAACCAGCAGAGGAACUUAGAAAGGAAGCCGACACAAAAAGGACCUAAGAAUUCCUUAAAAGACACUGCAACGAAAAUGAAAAUCACCACAAUUUGGGGGAAGCGGUUUUUAAAUGUGAACAAUAUUUUCUUUUUAAGAUAACAAUUUUAAGCAACUAUGGAAAACAUGUACCUGCUCUUGGAUAUUGAACUACUGUAUUCUCAAGAAAUACUGAAUACUCUGCUGAAUGUAAAAGCAACUACUUUUUUGUUUGUUUUAAUCUUGAACACCUCCUCUAACAGCCAGAUAAUUAAAUAUGAUUUUCAUGGAGUACUGUGGAGUUCAGGAAUAAUAAAAAAAAAAAUGCUUAGUUUAUGGGAAAAGUGUUAGCCACAUGUACAUAGACACAGUCACCCAAGGAAGGUAUUAUGUACGCUGUAGAUUAUUAGAGUUUAGGAAGACAAUUUUAGACAAUGUUUUGUCAUUUUAUUGGUUCUGAAAAGCCUUUAUAGUUUUAACGCAUGCAGGCAUGUAAAUAUUUGUCCAAGUCACAGUAUUAAUUAAUACGAUUUUAAGAACCUGGUGGCAAGAAUGAGUCAUGUCAGCCACUUUUAUUUGUAUAUGACGUCUUUUAUGCCCUGAAUUGUCACGAGUAGGAAUAGUGUGUGGCUGAUCAGAUGAGGCACCAGAAAUAUUUUUAUAAAAUCUUGUCAAUUUUAAGCGAAAA